AUCCACUUGAUUUCUUUCCAACACUGUGACCAUCAUCGCAACUGGUCGUCCGUCAUUCGCUCUUUCACUUCACCCCUGACGACCCGUGCUUUCUCUUCUGUCGCUCGAUUACGAAGGCUACCUACAGAAGAAAUCAGACUUUUUGUCCCUCUUUCCACCUCUCUCUUCCCUGGUUUUUGCUAAACAGGUGGUCCGUUUCACUCGUUCCCUUCGUUGGACCCUUUAUUUUUCCGCAUCACACCGUUCGACUACGUCGCCGUCGUAAUCUGUCGCCAAAGUGCCUUUGAUUUUCUUCUUCUUCUUCGCGCCACCACAGCUCUGCAUCAUAGAACCCGACCACAAGCUUUCUGAAAACAAUAGAUCGGCACAAAGACAGAAAUAUGAAGAGCGCCUUCGUUCUGAGCAGCAGCUUUUCGCUGCUGCUGAGUCUGGCUUCAGCGCAGAGCUACGACGCGACCAUUUGCGGCGAGGAUCGCUUCGGCGAGUUUUCGGAUCCCCAUGUCUACCUUCCCAACGCCUGGAACGAUAACAGCCCAGACGAUGGUUACGUUUGCAUGUCGGUCGACAACAGCACACCUGCGUUUGACGUGACGUGGAUGUGGCCCGAGAACAUUGCCGAUGUGCACUCCUACCCCUACGUGCGCCUCAACGACGACGACCUGCCGACGCGUCUCAGCACCAUUCAGUCCAUGCGCAUCAAGUCCGACUGGAUCAUGACGCUCGGAAGCCCCCGCUCCCCGCCGCGCGACUUCAGCAACAGCACCUGGGCCGAGAACAAGGAGGAGCUCGACGAGGCUGGCGUCACCGCAAACGCCGCCUGGGAUUUCUUCCUCGAUGGCAACCGCACCAGGACGUAUAACCCCGUCGACUCCGCCAUCGAGGUCAUGAUUUGGCUGGGCCGCGUGGGCCAUGCCCGUCCUCUUGAGGGCGACGGUGUCGUGACGAGAAUUACACUCGGCGACCACACUUUCCAACUUCACUACCAGCUGAACUUCCGCUCCCGCCACGUCUUCACCUGGAUCCUCGCCGACGGCGGCGACGUGACCCAGUUCGACGAGGACGUGAGCCCGCUCUUCGAAUACAUCCUCAACAACCCGCCCCCCGAGUCCGACGACGAGGACGCCGCCGAAUGGCCCGAGAACCCGUAUCUCGGCCUGGUUGAGUUUGGCUCCGAGACCUGGUUCUCCAGGGAGAACGUCACUUUCUCCGUCGCCAACUUCGCGCUCGACCUCGAGGUCGACGAGGACGCUGCCGACUCGGGCUCUGACGGCGGCAGCGGCGGCAGCGGCGGCGAUGACGAGGAUGAUGCCGCCAUGGCGCUGGGCGUUCCAUUCCUUGGCUUUGUAGCCCCUGUGGCCCUGUUGGCGGGCGCGAUGAUUGGGCUGUAGGCGGGGCAUUGUCGACGGGGAAGUGUUACCGGCAGCGAUGACGCAAAAGACAUGGGAGUUGGGCGGGUGCUGUUUUACACGCAUUAUUGUUUUGUUGUCGGAAGUACUUGGUCCAUUUCGAUAGACCAUUGGCGUGUUUCGUAUCAGGGCAUUUUAUGAUAUUUUUUUUUGUUCUUGCACUCAUACAUGUGUAUUUAUCUUGCCCAAGACGCGUCCACAUACAUGGCUUGUCUCGAGGGCGACGGUCGGGCUUGAUUGAAGCUGCUCGAGGAGGCCCCAUUAAUACUCAAGAGAUAUCAAUGACUAUUUCUGAUUGAUUAUACGAAUCAUUAUGAUUCCGCGAUAUUAGCAUCCCGAUCAUACUAAAUAUAUCCG